AUGGCGCCCCCUGAGGUCAGCAUGCCCACUCUUGCACCACUGGUUGGCAUGACAGUGGUAACUCUGGCAACCUGCUGUGUGGAUAAUGGCUACCCACCAGCCUCUGUAUCCUGGGAUACUAUUUCCCUUGGAGACACUGUAAACAUAACAACAAUGUCUGCGGUGAACGAAGAUGGAACAAUCAACGUCACCAGUAAUCUUAUUGGCCUACCCACCAGAGACAUUCACAAAAAAGAGGUCCAGUGUUUGGUUACACACGCCACAUUGAAUGGCACCUCCAUCUCCAAUUAUGCCAUUAAUGUUGAGUAUCCUCCAUUUUCAGUAAGAGUACAUCUACAGAGCCGUGAUCCAAUACUGACUUUUCAAUGUGAAGCAAAUGCCAAUCCCCAGGCUAAUUACACCUGGACAAGGGAUGACCUUCCUCUGCCAAUUGGGGUGAGGUCAAAUGGAAGAGAACUCAUCUUCCAGACAUCAACACCUGACAUGAAUGCCCUUUAUCACUGUGAGGUGUCUAACAAGUAUGGCUCAGCAACAACAUCACUGCAUUUGUAUCCUGCGAAUUCCAGUGGUACUCCAAGUGAGUAUAAUUAUAGAUUUAGCAAUACAAUUGUCUUUUUUAUUAUGUUUGCCUUUUAUUUGGACAGAGCAGUGAAUAGUGGGACAGGAAAUGAGUAG